UUUACACUACCGGGUUAAAAUUGGAUACCAAACAGGAUUAAAAUGUAUACUUUGCAAAGACAAUAGAUUAUCGGAUUUAGAUGUACAUCUAAAUGUUAUAACAGACACAGAUAUACAACUUCGUCAGAUUUAAACUUUAACGUUAUAAAAAAUGACUGAUAUAGAAGAAUAUAUUUUUGAUGAAGAUGGGAAUCCGAUCCUGCAAUGUCCUAAUUUUCCGCAAGAAGAACGUUUGUUUGCUGACGAGGAGGACUGCAAGGACAUUUUCCACAUCAAAGGAGAUGGAUACGAUGUCACUUUGUCCGUCGGUGGUGUGGUGACAGGCCACUCCAGCAAGAGGGACCAGAAGGCUUCCAAGGUAAGAGCUGUAACAACAGUCAUGGGGAGGUUAUUCCACUCCCUAGCCGUGCUAGGGAAGAAGGAGUUGGCAUAUCUGUUGUCACUGAUGCGGUCUUGGAAGAACCUGUGUUGGCCUCGAGUGCGAGCAUCGCUGCAUUGUAGGUACCUGUCUGAGGGGAUGUCAACAAGAUUGUUCUGUAAAAAGAAGGGUUUAUUCAAGGGAAAAGGUAAAGGCGAGGAUCGUAACACUGUUAUGCUGAAAGAUGUUUUUGGCGUCAAAACAAAACGCAAGAAAUCCAAUCAAAGUUCGAGCGAGGAAGGGAUUUGUGUUGGAUUUUCUCUUCAUGUUGCUGAUACGUUUGGUCCAAACACGCUGUCAGAGAGGUUGAUUGUGUUUGAACACCCCAGCGAAGCUCUGUGUUCAAUGUAUGUAAGGAAAAUACAGGAGUACAUGACAGAAAUGCACAGUCGGCCAAAGUCCAUCAAGCUAUUUCUACAAACUCAUGCUGGUAGUAAGAGUGGUAGUUCAGUCUACAAGAAUAAAGUGACACCAUUAUUUCAAGCUGCAGAUGUACAUGUGGACUGUGUAGAGGUUCAGCACAAUGAGCAUAUAAAGCAGGAAAUGGUGCACAUAAACUUGGAGGAUUUUGACUGUAUUGUUGCAAUGGGUGGAGAUGGAACAGUCAGUAAGGUAGCUGAUGGUUUGUUGGCAGCUUCCCAGAAGAGAAAGGAUAUAGACCAGAAAUCUGGCUUUACACCAACAAAAGCUGCUUUACCUCUGGGUAUUAUUCCUAUAGGAUCAACAAAUGACACUGUACGUUCAGUAAUGGGCACAGAUGAUGUAACAAGUGCGGUACUCUAUAUUAUAUUGGGAAGGUCCAUACCUGUGGAUGUCUGCUCUGCCUAUAGAGAGGAUAAAUUCAUGCAGUGGUGUUUUAACUGUCAGUAUGGAUUUGCUGGAAAUGUAUUAACUUUCAGAAAAAGAUACAAAUCACUUGGAAAGAGAGGCCUGGAACCUGCUUUUAUUAAGGCCCUGACCAAAGCAAAAUUAAGGCCCUACAAGUGUGAUGUUGAAUAUAUACCUGCAGAUAGUUUACCAAACAACCGCAAGUUUCAGCCAUGUUACAGAGGUUGUGACGUCUGCUGGAACGAGGAGGUAGUUGAUGAUAACAGUGUCACUGAAGAUCUCGUGCAAGCAUUUGAUCCACUGGCAGAGUCAAAUAACAGUGAUACAUUAGUCAAUCUUGCGGAGCACGAGGAUACACCAUGGAGGACUCGCAAGUUAGAUUUCCUCAAUAUAGGCUUGUUCACCAUACCAGGAAGAUCUGAAUUAGCACCAAGGGGUAUGAGUAAAUACACACAUCUCAACGAUGGAGUGAUAGACCUUAUCCUGGUGAAAGAUGCUCCACGGAAAGAGUUCAUACGGAUGUUGAAAAGAUUAACAAAUGCCAAAAAUCAGCUUGAUUUCCCAUUUAUAGAAGUGUUGCGUGUUAAAGAAGUGAGAUUUCGACUUCGACUACCAACUGGUUUUAAGUACAAUGACUCUAAUUUCAAUGAAAUUGACUAUGAAAUUGAGCGCAGAAAAAACCUUCAUAUGGGCGCAGCAACAAAAUCCAUGGAAAUUUUAGAUAUAAAUGAAUUAAGUGAUUCCGAUGAGGAAGAUAAUCUAUCAAAGAGCAGUAACUCUACCAGUAAAACUGUGCAAUCUCUUUCAACUACGACAAAGUCAAAACCGCCAUUUAAAAAAUCACAAAGUGUUCAACAGUUUUCAUCAAAAUCAUUAAAGCGUACCAACACAGAGACAUCAAUAAAAGUUUAUAAUUCAGUGGAUUCUGAAGACGACGAUGAUGAUGAUGAUGAUGACGAUGAUGAGAACAGUGAUAGUGACAACUCAGGGGAAAUAGUUUCCAUCAAUUCAGUGGGUGUGAGAACAGUGAAAUCAGCACUUGCUGCAGACCAGAGACUAUGUGGACCAGCUUAUAGACCAACAUUUGCUGAGCAAGAUCGAGCCAGACGGAAUAGAAGGUUACAGAAGAAAGAAGAGAAGAAAAAAGCAAAAGAAGAAAUGAGAAUGAAAUCUGUCUGGAAUAUUGACAAUGAGAUCAAAGCUGAAGAUGUUCUAAGUUUUAGAGCUCACCAUGGCUUGCUGAGAAUCUACGGACAGGGUAUAUCUCCGGACACAGUUGUUUAUGAACCAACAUUGUUAUGUAUUCCAAGAAUGUAAGAAUCUUAGUGAAUCUGCUAACUUACAGCUAAUGAACCAACGUGCUUGUAAUAACACCAGAAACCUAUAUGGACAGAUAUGCUUAUAAUAAUAUAAGUAACCUAUAUGCACAAACAAAUGCCAAAAUUGAUCAUGCUUCAUGCAUAGAAAAGCAACAUGCUUAUUACACCAAAAAGCAGUGUUUCAAACAAAGAAAAUCUACAUUACAUGCUUCUAGAACCAACUUUAAUUUCGGAUUCACCAGUGCCUGAUUUCACAAAGGAGAUCGAUUUAAUGUGUUCCAAGAAAUAUUACAACAAUAGUUGUAUAAAUUAUAUGUGUAAUAGUAUGUAGAUUUUAGAUGUGGUGAGAGGUACUUUACGAACUACUGCUAGGUGAAAAUAAAAGAAAAUUACUGCAGGAAGAUUUUUUUUUUUUAAGAGCAAACUUGAAAAUGGAAAGAAGAUCAUAAAAAAUAUAUACUUUUAGUUGGUAAUUCUUUUUGCACAAAGUAACAUGUUUUUUUUUUUGUUUGAGUAUAGUUGAAGUGGAAGUUUGUAACAAUAUGUUAAUAUUAACUGUAUUUUUUUUUUU